UGGGGGUUAUGAGUAGAGCAAUUUAGGUGGCCUCAAGACAAGCGGUUUAUCUGGAUGCCUCCAUCUGUCUUUGUUAUUUGGCAAUUUUUAAACUAAGUCCUUUGAAAUGGAUGACUGCUCAGCAAAGAGGUCUUUAAUAGUUCAAUUGCAAAAUUGGCCAUGUAGAGAGUAAAACUAGGCCAAGGAAGUAGUGCAAGCCCAAGGCAACACACGAAAAUCCAUGCAGCAAGCUACUUUGAUGGGCUUUCCCCCUUAAAAAAUCAAAUCAAUAUCCUGGCCAAAAUGCCGAGAAAGAUCAGAUCAGAUCUACAAUGAAGUGAUUGAGUUGAAAGGCAAUAUACGAGUUUUCUGUAGAUUCAGACCACUAAAUCCUGAUGAAGUUGCAAAUGGUUCAUCAUCUGUGGUUGACUUUGAUUUGUCUCAUGAAAAUGAGAUACAAAUUGUCUCCUCUGAUUCUUCUAGGAAACAGUUUAGGUUUGAUCACGUUUUCAAACCAGAUGAUGGCCAAGAAGCCGUUUUUGUUGAAACCAUGCCAAUGGUAACCUCCGUGUUGGAUGGUUAUAAUCUAUGCAUUUUUGCCUAUGGACAAACGGGAACUGGCAAGACCUUCACAAUGGAAGGAACACCUGAAAACAGGGGAGUCAACUAUCGGACAUUGGAGAAAUUAUUCAGCUCAUCUAGUGAGAGAAGCAGUAUCAUCAAAUACGAGUUGUUUGUCAGCAUGUUAGAGGUGUACAAUGAUAAGAUAAGGGACCUUCUCAUAGAGAACUCCAACCAACCCACUAAGAAGUUGGAAGUGAAGCAAUCUGCCGAAGGUACCCAAGAAGUUCCGGGACUUGUUGAAGCACGCGUGUAUGGCACAGAUGAAGUAUGGGAACUCCUCCAGUCUGGUAGUCGAGCUAGAUCGGUUGGAUCAACAAAUGCUAAUGAACUUAGCAGUCGUUCUCACUGGUAUAGUCUUAAUGGAUUCGUGAUUUAGUCCAUUUCUCCCUUUUGUAAUAUCAACG